UCCCUACAUAGAUCUUGAUCAGAGUCUUGGUUGUAACUGUCUACAUUUUCAUUUUUUCUUUUCUUUUCUUUUUUUUUAAAGAUUUUAUUUAUUUAUUUGACAGAGAGAGUGAGAGAGCACAAGCAGGGGGAACAGCAGAGGUAGAGGGAGAAGCAGGCUCCCCGCCAAGCAGGGAGCGUGAUGCGGGGCUUGAUCCCAGGACUCUGGGAUCAUGACCUGAGCCGAAGGCAGAUGCUUAACCAUCUGAGCCACCCAGGCGCCCCUAUUUUCAUUUUUUCUGAAGAAGUAUCACCUUGGUUUAGUGAAAAGAAGCUGCUUCUGCUUUCAGUUCCUCUGUUAGAUUCUUCAGAAAUACUUUUUUUGUUGAGAGAUUUGCAGAAAUUAAAACAUAAGGAGUUCUAUUUCUCUUCAGCUUUAAAUAAUGUGACUUCUGAAACUUAACCUUCCUACUCUUCAUUUAAAAUUCUCUAUAAAUGAAAUUAUUAUAUGCCCAUUCUAUUUUAUCAUUUAACUGUAUAGGAGGCAAACCACUAACACAUUAAUCAUGUAAUAGUUAAUUUGGAUCUUCCAAGGUAUAAAAUAGCCAAGGUGUGACAUUAUAAAAUAAUGUUUCUCAUAAUGGUAAAUGAAGUUAUUCGAUUCUUUUACAAAAUUGAAUAGUCGUAGGUAAACAUGGAUGGAUGUAGUCUUUUCAAGAUUUCAGUGUUGGGGUCUGUAUUGCUAACUUCUUUAUAUAUGUAUGUAAGGCAGUUUAGAUGCAGAGAAAGGAAGUAGUAAUUUCAUAAUGAAUUAGUGGAAAAUGUCCAAAACCUUGAACUCUAUCCUGAGAUAUAUAAAGGAUCAACGUGCUUUGAGAAUCCUAUCGUAGUAUAAUUCUGGUUUGUUAGUACUCAUUAAAUGCUAAUGCUAAAUUUUAAAUGUUUUUGUUUCAGAACAAAGAAAACACAUAAGCCACCAGUUUUGCUCGUAAAUAUAAUAAAUUCCUUUCAUAUGUCUUAUUUUGGAAUCAGGUUGCCAUAAUUUGAAUUUUGCUUCCUCCAUUUACGGUUAUAUUGUACAACUCAUAGCAGCUGUAUCCAUAUCAUCUGGGAGCUUGUUAAAUAAAAAUACAGAAUCUCAGGCCUCAUCCAGACCUACUGAAUCAGAGUUGCAUUUGUCCCCAGAUGAUACAUCUAUAUGCUAAAGUUUAAAAGCAUCGAGAACUUCUUAGUAUUCCCAUUUGUUUUGUUAAAUGCACAUUAUGAGCAUUAAAUAAUAGAUUUAAGUGAUCAAAACAAUACUGGCAUGUAAUAAGACCUUAGUAAAUGUUAGUUAUCACUGUUAUUCUCUUAACAAACUCACAAACCCUUUUUAUUGGUUGCUUCAGCUCCUUGUUUAGCUGCUGCUUCGGGUAUUAUCUGUUGCUUCGAGUCUUACUCCCUGAAACUCAACCUUUCUCUUGUGUUUUUUCAACCCUUCAAUACUAUGUCUUUUUUCCUUUUUGCUAAGGGCUGUAAGGCACUCUCUUCAGUCUGCUUUCUUUCUCUGCAGAAUCAUAAAACUGGAAGGGACCUUAGAGAUCAUCCAGUCCAAACAUUUUCUUUUGGUUUUGAGGAAACUGAGGUCCUGAGAAGUUAAGGUAUCAUGUUACUGUGUUUGGAGUUUACCCAUUGUACAUCUUCAGCAGAUCUCCCAGACAGAUUGAAAAGGCUGAAACAGGAAAGAUAUAGUGUAGACAUCUUAAAUCUAAAGGAUGUGAUCAGUGUCCAGCUAGAAGAUAAUACGUCUAGCAAAAAUUUUUGCAGCCAGUCUUGUCUUUCAUCAUAUGAAGAAAAAAGAAAAGCAUUUGUUACCAUAUGUACUAAUAGCAUUUUAACCAAGUGCAGCAUGUGUCAGAAGACUACUGUUAAACCAACCAAAACACUUACAUCUGUUCCUUGCAAAUCAUUGAAGCCCUCAGAUGAAGUGAUUGAGACCACCAAUGACUUGGGGAAGACAGACCUUUUUUGUUCUAUUAAUUGUUUCUCUGCUUACAAUAAAGCUAAGACGGAAUCAUCUACAGUAAAUGUUUCCGUGGUACAUGAUGCCUCAACGGAUCUCUUUUCUCCAAAGAAAGAUACAACUCCAGUUAUAAGCAAUAUAGUGUCACUGGCAGAUACUCAUGUUUCCCUACCCAUCAUGAACUCUGAUGUCUUACAAGCAGAUACAGUUUCUUCAGUAACAGCAAAUGUCAUUGUAGAUACUUUACCCAGUGAAUCAAGUAGUGGUGUUGCAACUGGUAGUGUUGAACAGCCAAGCCUUUCUCCAUCUUCAUCAAUACCCAGUCAGCAUAUGGUUGAGUCCAGUGUAGAAGUACAGAAAGAUCAAGUGUCAAACCAAGAUGCUACAUACAAUAUGAAAUCUGUGAAAAUAAGUGAUGGACUAUGUCACCCAAAAUUUACAUCCAAAGUACAAAAAGUUAAAGAUAAGUCACGAAGCAUUAAAAAAUCUUGGUGUUCAAAUUUCCAGCAUUUGAAAAACAGUAUUAAAAAGGAAGUGACAUUCUGUUAUUCAUGCCAGUUGUUCUGCCAAAAAAAUUUUAGUUUUGGAGGAGAAUCAUUUGCAGCCCAAGGAAUUUCUAAUUGGAAAAAGACUCUAGAAAAAUUCAGAAAGCAUGAAAAAAGUGAAAUGCAUUUGAAGUCAUUGCAGUUUUGGAGGGAAUACCAGUUUUCUGAUGAAGCCAUCAAUGAUAAUUUAUCUAUUCAUUCAAAACAGAUUGAAGGAAAUAAAAAGUACCUAAAGCUUAUAAUUGAAAAUAUUUUAUUUCUUGGGAAGCAGUGUUUACCAUUAAGAGGAAAUGACCAAUCGAUUUCAUCUGUGAAUAAAGGCAAUUUUUUAGAACUGUUAGAAAUCAGAGCAAAAGAUAAAGGAGAAGAAAUAUUUCGACUUAUGAAUUCACAAGUUGACUUCUAUAAUAGUACACAAAUUCAAAAUGAUAUUAUUGAAAUAAUAAAGACUGAAAUGCUGCAAGAUAUUGUGAACGAAAUCAAUGCCUCCUCAGCUUUCUCAAUAAUAUGUGAUGAGACAACUGGUAGUGCCACUAAAGAACAGCUUUCAGUUUGUGUAAGAUACCCACAAAAAAUGUCAAAGGCUGUCUUAAUUAAAGAAAGAUUCUUGGGUUUCAUAGAUACUGAAGAGAUGACUGGGACUAACUUACAUAGGAUUAUCAAAACUUACCUGCAGCAAAUUGGAGUUGAUCUGAAGAAGAUAUGUGGCCAGGCCUAUGAUAGUACCACUAAUUUGAGGGGAAAAUUUAGUAAAAUUGCAGCAGAAUUCAAGAAAGAAGAGCCAAGAGCUUUGUACAUACAUUGUUAUGCACAUUUUUUGGAUUUAGCAGUAAUUAGGUUUUGUAAAGAAGUGAAAGAACUCCGAAGUGCUCUAAAUACUCUCAACUCUUUGUUCAACACUAUUCAUAUGUCUGGGGAAAUGUCUGCAAAUUUUCAAAACAUUUGUAAGCUAAGUCAAAACAAAACAUGCAAGAAACAUACAUCACAAUCAUGUUGGACAGUCCAUGAUCAUACAUUACUGUCUGUGAUUGAGGGCCUUCCAGAGAUUAUUGAAACAUUGGAAGUUGUAUCAAGCCAUUCUUCAAACACAAGUUUGGCUGAUGAAUUGAGUGAUUUGUUAACAUUGGUUUCCAAAUUUGAAUUUAUCUUUUGUUUGAAAUUUCUUUAUCGAGUGUUAAGUGUUACAGGAAUUCUUUCCAAAGAGCUUCAAAGUGAAACCAUAGAUAUUUUUUCGUUGUCUUCAAAAAUAGAAGCAAUUUUGGAAUGUUUAUCAUCUGAAAGAAAUGAUGCCUAUUUCAAAACUAUCUGGGAUGGGGCAGAGGAAAUAUGUCAAAAAAUAACCAGUAAAGGUUUUGAAGUUGAAAGACCUUCUUUUCAGAAAAGAAGAAAAAUUCAGAAAACAGUAGAUCUUGGCAAUUCAGAUAGUAUGUUUUUUCCUACUUCAACAGAAGAACAAUAUAAAAUUAAUAUUUAUUACCAAGGAUUGGAUACUAUAUUAAAUAAUUUAAAAUUAUGUUUUUCAGAGUUUGAUUAUUGUAAAAUGAAGCAAAUUUCAGAACUAUUAUUUAAAUGGAAUGAACCAUUAAAUGAGACAACAGCCAAACAUGUCCAAGAAUUUUAUAAACUUGAUGCAGACAUCAUCCCAGAACUUAGAUUUUAUCGGCAAUAUGCAAAGCUCAAUUUUGUCAUAGAUUAUGAUUGUAUCAACUUCAUCAAUCUUGGCUGUUUGUUUAUUCAGCAUGGUCUUCACAAUAAUAUUCCUUGCAUAUCAAAGUUAUUAUAUAUUGCUUUGUCUUGGCCAGUUACUUCAAGUGCUGAAAAUUCAUUUUCUAUACUGCCCCGUCUUAAAACAUAUUUAUGUCAUACCAUGGGACAAGAGAAGCUUAGUGGCCUAGCCCUAAUGGCUGUUGAGCAGGAAUUGGUGAAUAAACUGAUGGAACCUGAAAGACUCAAUGGAAUUGUAGAAAAGUUUAUCCAUCAGAUGAAAGAAACCUAACAUUUGCUAAUUUGAAUUUACCUAAAAGAAUUUUGUAUUUCUGCUGGAAUGUUUGUUUUUUAUUUCAAAAUUUUAUCUCCUAAGAAAAAAUUUUUUUCAUCAGAACAUGUAACAUUCACUUGAUUGAAAAUUCAAAAAAACAGACUGAAAAGAGAAAAGUCUCCUUCCUCUUUUUAGUACCCAAUUCCCCCUCCCUGUAGUGUUAUCUGUUUCUCAAAUAUCCUCCUGGAGAUAUUUUUCACAGAUAGUACUCUGCAGUGCACACCGUUCUUCAACUUGUCCACUUAACGUAUUUUUGAGAUUGUCCUAUAUCAGUACUAAAGAGUUUCUUGAUUUUUUUUUACAACUGCAUAAAAUUUCAUUGUAUGAAUGUACCAUAAUAUAUUUGAGCAGUCCCUAACAAUAAACAUUUCAAUUCUUUCUAGUAUUUUGCUAUUAUAAAUAAUCCUGCAUUUAAUAACCUCGUACAGGGGCCUGGGUGGCUCAGUCGGUUAAGCGUCUGCCUUCAGCUCAGGUCAUGAUCCCAGGGUCCUGGGAUCGAGCCCCACAUUGGGCUCCCUGCUCAGGGUCAGGGGGGGCGGGCUGUUUCUCCCUUCCCCUCUGCCUGCCGCUCCCCCUGCUUGUGCCCUCUCUCUGCCAAAUAAAUAAAAUCUUUAAAAAAUAAUAACCUUGUACAUAGGUCAUAUUGCACAUGAUUGAGUUACUGUAAGAUAAAAUUUUAUAUUAGAAUUACUAGGUCAGAAGAUUUAUGCAUUUUUAUUCUUUUUUUUUUUUUUAAAGAUUUUAUUUAUUUGAGAGAGAGAGAAUGAGAGAGAGCACAUGAGAGGGGGCAGGGUCAGAGGGAGAGGCAGACUCCCUGCGAGCAGGGAGCCCGAUGCGGGACUCGAUCCCGGGACUCCAGGAUCAUGACCUGAGCCAAAGGCAGUCGCUUAACCAACUGAGCCACCCAGGCGCCCUGCAUUUUUAUUCUUGAUAGAUACUGGCAGAUUGCUUUCUAUAAGGAUUAUGCCCAUUUACAGUCCCACCACCCAUGUGUGAGAUUGCCUAUUUCCUUGAAUCUUUAUAAACAGUGUUCUGAAACAUUUUGAUACCAGUCUGGUAUCAAUCCCAGUGGAAUUUUGUAUUUUCACUUAAGAAUAAGGUUGGGUAGGGGGUACCUGGGUGGCUCAGUCGGUUAAGCGUCUGCCUUCAACUCAGGUUGUGAUUCCAGGGUCCUGGGAUCAAGUCCUGCAUCAGGCUUCUUGCUCAGCAGGGAGCCUGCUUCUCCCUCUGCCUGCCGCUCCCCCUGCUUGUGCGCGUGGUCUCUCUCUUUCUGACAAAUGAAUAAAUAAAAUCUUUUAUAAUAAUAAUAAUGAUAGGGUUGGGUUAUCUACUUGAGCUUCAAUUAGUAUUUCCUUUUCCUGUGAACUGUCACGUUUAAACAUGACUAUGGUUUUGGUUGACACAAAUAGAUGGUGCAAUAUGAAUUCUUAAUCUACUCUAUGAAAAUAUGACUAAAUAACCCAAAAAGAAGAGACUCUUUCUAUCAUUAUACUUUAGAAAGGUUCAGGUGAUAAAGGAAAAUCUGUCCCUCAGAGACUUGUAAGAAUUUAGUGGUAGAUGUAUCUGGGCCUAGAAUUUUGUUUGUUUUAGGAAUAUUUCUCUGCCACUUCUCCCUUUCUGUUUCUUUCUCCUCAAUUCUUAAUUGUAAUUUUUCUAGAAAGAGCAUUUUACUUAGGCUUUUUUGAAAACGUAUUUACGUAAAGGUAUAGAAAGUAUUUUUUUAAUUUUUUCUGUAUACUAAGUUUCCUCAACAAUUUCUGUAUACAUGCUUUCUUGCUUGAUUAGCCAACCGGUGGUUUAUUUACUUGUUUUUCAUACACAUUCUUAGAUUUAUUUAUCAAUCCUACUUUUUAAAAAUAUUAUGGUUGAUUUUAACAUAAAAAAUACAAAGAGCAUACCAAGUAACAUUUAAUCCUAUAAAUCCUAAUAUUUUACUAUGCUCCAGAUUUUUAUUUCAGAAAUAUUACAGAGCAAGAUGAAGCUCCCUUGCAAAUCUUUUAUUGAUAGCAUUCCUCUUCUAUUUUCCCCAGAAGCAAUGAUUAUUUGUUGUGCUUCUUUCCAUGCAUGUUUAAUUUUAUACUUAAAAGAUAGCCUUGUUUCAUAUUUAUAAACUUUACAAGUCUUUUUUUUUUUAAAGAUUUUAUUUAUUUAUUUGAGAGAUAGAGAAUGAGAGACAGAGAGCAUGAGAGGGAGGAGGGUCAGAGGGAGAAGCAGACUCCCUGCCAAGCAGGGAGCCCGAUGCGGGACUCGAUCCUGUGACUCCAGGAUCGUGACCUGAGCUGAAGGCAGUCGCUUAACCAACUGAGCCACCCAGGCGCCCCCAUAUUUAUAAACUUUAUAUAAAACUCUAAGUUGCAUUGUACAUACCUUUCGGUAAUUUUUUUUUCACUCAAUGUUGUUUUUGAAAUUUAUACAUGGAUUUCUAGUUCAUUAAUUUUAGCUGCUGAAUAAUACCCCAUUGUAGGAAUAUACAUGUUCAUUUUUUCUCUAUUUAAAUGGACAUUUUAUACUCUUUGAUUUUGCACUUUUAUAAUACUCCAAUGAACAUUUGUAUAUGUGGUAUGCAUUUGCACAUUCAACAAAUACUUUUGAGCAAGUACUAUAUACUAGACGCUAUUCUAACUGUGGAGACCCAGCAGAGAAUAAAAUAAGGCCCUGACUCCCAAUGAAAUUUAGCUUUCUAAUGUGAUCCAAGAUAGAUACUAGAAGAGGUUGCUCACUAGUUCUUUAUGUAGAUAGAUGAUAAUAAAGAAAAGAAUAUAGGCUGCACUAGGAUAAAAGAUGAGACUUUCGAAGCUGUGGCCAGUGAAGGCCUUACCCAACCACCAAUCCCUGACAUACCAGUUGGGAAGGUCUGCUGUAGGGUACUUACCUAGAAGUAGACGUGAUGGUUAAAGGCUAUGUUCAUCUUCCACUUUAAUUAAACCUCGGUUUAAUUAAUUUUCUCUUUCCCACCAUUAUCUGAGUGUCUCUCUUGUUCCACACAUCCUUACCAACAUUUGGUAUUAUCAUUUUACUCUUUUUUUUUUUUAAUUCAUUGAUUUCUGCUUUACCUUUUUUAAAAAAAGAAAACAAGGGGCGCCUGGAUGGCUCAGUCGUUAAGCAUCUGCCUUUCGGUUCAGGUCAUGAUCCCGGAGUCCUGGGAUUGAACCCUGCAUUGGGCUCCCUGCUCCGCGGAAAGCCUGCUUCUCCCUCUCCCACUCCCCCUCUUGUGUUCCUGCUCUCUCUCUCUCUCUGUCAAAUAAAUAAAAUCUUAUUUAAAAAAAUACUUUAAAAAUUAAAACAAAAUAGAAGGCAGUUAGUUAACCACUAGUAUUGGAUGCUUCUUGCGUGUAUUUUCAUUCUUUUCAAUUUUGAAAGUGCUUAGUGCUGUGAACUGUCCUCUGAAGUCACCUUUGUCUACCAUGUGUUUUUCUCAUUUUCAUUAUUUUCUAGCUGUUUGCAGUUGUAGUUUCUAUAUUGUCAUGGAACCAGGAAUUAAUUUUAAGAGGUUGGGUUUUUUUUACUUUUUAAAUAUUCAAAUAUUUUGUUUUUUACUUUUUUUCCUAUAAAGACAGUAACAUAAGUCCUAGA